AAGAUAUGGAGUACCAACAAUUGCCAAUACUUUUCUGCUUCUAUUCACUUAUUAUCCUUUCGGUCCAGCAAUCGCAGCUUACUGGCUUCUCAUAUGCUGGGCAACAUGUAUGUGCCCGCGAUGAAGCUUUUUAUUUGCUUCAAUUUAAGAAAGGCCUCACAAUUGAUUCCCGCGAUGAAGCAAAAUAUGAUAAGUGUCACAACGAGGCCCGAGCCAAGACUUUAUCUUGGAAUGUUACAGGAGAUUGUUGCAAAUGGGAUGGUGUUACUUGCGAUGGAUUUACGGGUCACGUGAUAGGCCUCGAUCUUUCUUGCAACUUUCUUAUCGGAACUAUUAAUGCUAACAGCAGCCUCUCAAAACUUGGUCAUCUGCAAAGACUCAACCUUGCCUACAAUGAGUUGCUUGGCUUUCCACUUGGAAAUGGUAUCAGUGAACUCACGAGUUUGACACAUCUCAAUCUUUCAGGUACUGGAUCUUAUGAAAGGGAGAUGAUCCUACCAGGAUUAUUCAAGUUGUCUAAGUUGAUUUCACUUGACCUCUCUUAUUCUCACCUUCGAAUUGGCCGAAAAGCAUUCAAAAGUUUGCUUCAAAACUUAACCAACUUAGAGGUACUGUUGUUUACAUACGUGGACGCACCAUUUGAGUUCCCUAAGAAUUUUUCUUCGUCUCUUAGGUAUUUAGAUCUUGAACACAUCAGCUUGUUUGGUGACAUAAGCGAUUCUAAUCUCUUUCAUCUACCAAACUUGCAAGUGCUGAGAUUGGGAGGGAAUUCUUUACUAACAGGCACUUUGCCAAAUUUUAAUUGGAGUUUCAGUGGAAGUAUUUUAGAGUUGGACUUUUCUUCCACUGGUAUUCUUGGUAAGGUACCUGAUUCAAUUGGUAACCUCCAUUCUCUUUGGUUUCUUAACCUCGAUUUUUGCCAUCUCCUUGGCUCAAUUCCAGAAUCCAUUGGCAACCUCGCUGCAAUUAGAGAGUUGAGACUUUCACAUAACAACUUCACUGGUAAUAUUCCCUCAACUAUCUCAAAAUUAAAGAAGCUCAAUUAUUUAGAUCUCUCUUCCAACCAUUUUCGAGGCUCAAUUCCAGAAUCUAUUAGGAAUCUCACUGCAAUCAGAGAGUUGAGACUUUCAAAUAACAGCUUCACCGGAAAUGUUCACUCAACUAUCUCAAAAUUAAACAAGCUUAAUUAUUUAGAUCUCUCUUCCAACCAUUUUCGAGGCUCAAUUCCAGAAUUCAUUGGCAACCUAACUGCAAUUAGAGAGUUGAAACUCUCAAAGAACAACUUCACUGGUAAUGUUCCCUCAACUAUCUCAAAAAUAAACAAGCUCAUUUCUUUAGAUCUCUCUUCCAACCAUUUUCGAGGCUCAAUUCUAGAAUCCAUUGGUAAUUUCACUAGAAUUAUAAGUUUGGAUCUUUCACAUAACAGCUUCAGCGGAAAUGUUCCCUCAACUAUAGGAAAGCUGAACAAACUUAGCUCAUUAAGCCUCUCUUCCAAUAAUUUUGAAGGCUCGAUUCCAGACAUCUUUGCCAACCUUUCAGAGCUACGCUCUUUAACUCUUGACACUAAUAAUUUUACUGGCUCAUUCCCCUAUUCAAUUGCUACCUUGACUCGCCUUGAAGUAUUAGACUUGCACAACAAUUUACUAACUGGUGCACUUCCCUCUAAUAUAAGCGGGCUUCGAGAGCUAGAAAUGCUUGAUUUGUCCUUCAAUUACUUCACUGGCAUGGCAGCCCCUUGGUUAUUCGAGCUUCCAUUGCUGAUUUUACAUGUUCAAGCCAAUCAAUUAACCAAAUUGCCAAAUGAGAUCCAGAGCAAUCGCUUAGGUCACCGUCACACUGAUAUUAAUCUUUCGAACAACAAGCUGCACGGUGAAAUCCCUGGUUGGAUGUUAUCUAUGAACUUGAUACUGCUGGAUCUGUCUCAUAACUUUCUCACAGGCUUUGAAAAACAAAUAUGGCGCUCAAUGGAUUUGUCCGUCCUUAAUUUGGAGAACAAUUCUCUUCAAGGGUCUUUGCUUCCGUCCAUUUGUGACAUGAUUAAACUUCAAUACCUCAUUUUGGCUCAUAACAAUUUCAGUGGUUCAAUCCCAGGAUGUUUGGGUAACUCCAGUAGCCCCCUUUCUACUUUAGACUUGCGAAUGAACAAUUUUCAUGGAGAGAUACCAAGAUUCUUACCAACAGGGUUACGAUACCUUGGUUUAUAUGGCAAUCAAUUGGGGGGACAAGUUCCCCGAUCCUUGGUUAACUGUACAAUCUUGCAAGCUCUUGAUUUGGGGAAUAACAAGAUAAAUGACACAUUCCCCAUCUGGCUGGAGAAACUUCCAAACCUACAAGCUAUGAUUCUAAAAUCAAAUCUCUUUCACGGUCCAAUUGGUGAUUUGGAGUCCAAGUUUCCAUUUCCUGAGUUACGAAUCUUUGACCUUUCCUUCAAUGGGUUCACUGGAACUUUGCCAUCUAAUUUUUUCAAAAAAUUUAGAGGUAUGAUGGAUGUGGAUGAAGAAAAAACAGGUAAUGGCAAUCACACAAAUUACCUUUACCAUGUUAGCUUGGUGAUAAAAGGUAAUGUGUUUGAUAUGAGAAUCACAUCAAUAAUGACAAGUAUUGAUUUAUCAAGCAAUAGGUUUGAAGGAGAUAUUCCAAAUUCCCUGGGAAGUCUGAACUCACUUGUGUUACUCAACCUAUCUCACAACAACUUCUGGGGUUAUAUUCCUGCAGAAAUUGCAAAGUUGCAUGAGCUCGAAGCAUUAGACCUCUCAUGGAACAGACUCAUUGGAGAAAUCCCUGGUCAAUUGUCGAGUCUGACAUUUCUUGAGGUCUUAAACCUUUCAUACAAUCAUCUUGUUGGGCGCAUUCCGCUUGGGAAACAGUUCAAUUCAUUUCCAAUUGAUUCGUAUAGUGGAAAUCCUUAUUUAUGUGGAUUCCCACUAUCAAAGGAAUGUGGAACAAAUAAUGAGUCAGAUGAGUCACCACUUGAACAAGAUGAUGAUGAUUCAAGUUUUGCUAGCGGGUUCACAUGGCAAGCUGUCGUAAUAGGGUAUGGUUGUGGUAUGCUUUUUGGAUUGUUCAUGGGAAGCCUCAUGUUCAUACUUGGAAAACCAAAAUGGUUUGUGAACUUCGCUGAAGAUAUUGCUCAACAAAUUGCUGCUAGGAAGCGAAGAAGGCAAAGGAAGAGACAUCAAAGACGUUGAGACACGGUUUAAGAAUGAAGUAACAGCAUAUCAGAUGUUGUUGAGGUUGCUGGAGAGUUGAACAGGUUUACAUACUAUUUUCAUUAUUUACAAGUUAGUAUUAAUAUUGAGGAUUCAUAUAGCCGACCCCAACUAGCUUAGGAUUGAGGCGUAAUUGUUAUUGUAUUAAUAUGUUGGUGUUGAUGUUCUGGCAAAUGGCAAUGUAUGCAUCUGUUUCUUCACUUUAUAUGCCCGUGGUGAUUUCUAUAAUUGUAUGACAAUAAAGAAAUAAGCUUUCGACAUUGCU